CACAAGUCUAAACUGACUGCACGGCCACAGAAUCAAUAAGUCACACAAUCUGUAAUAAGAUAAUUCCAGAAAAGAAGUCAACGGUCAGCUGCUAAUUUCUUGAAUGACAAAGUUGAAGUUGUGGCUUAUCUUCUUGGCCAGCCCACUUGAUCCGGCUGCGAGUCACUGGUGUGUGUCGGAAGUGGAAGGCUGCAUUGUGUACACUGGGCGCUUGGGGGUUGUUUUUGCAUCUGCUCGUUUCAAUUGUUGUCAGUGCUUCUGCAGAUGAUGGAGCAGAACACAUGCACGGAAGAUCGUAUCCAGCACGUCCUUGAACGCUGCCUGUGUGACCUUGGAUUUAACACUCCUGACAAGCAACUCUGGAACGCCGGGCUGUGCAUGAACCGCUGGUGUUUGGAGGAACUAGUGAUGAGAGAUUCCCACAACUUCCUCUUCCUCCUGCAGACAAUUCUGAAGAAAACAAAGGAGGCACUGGUGCAAUGUCAGUAUGAACUGGUGGUGCCUCUUACGCUUCUGUUUUCUUCAGCUCUUCUAAAAACUCCUUACCUGGCCCCAGGCUGUGAUGUUUUGCAGGAAGCCUACCUGCUAUUCUGCCAUUUCCUGUCCUGGCCAGAUCCUUACUGUACCGCCUGCUUACACCUGCUGAAAAUCAUUCGUAAUGAGCUCCGGGCACCAGGUAUAACGUUUCAAAGACUGGUGAAGACAGAAAAUGGUAUUUCCAGUGAGAAGCAAUGUUCUCAAACUAUGAUGGUGCUUCUAGUGAGCCCGCAUGAAGAUAUUCCUCCUGAAGUCCAGUCUGUCUCCAAGCAGCUGAGUGUGAGCCAUCAGUCCAAGAGAGACAUCACAAUCACGCUCAUCCUGCACAGCUUUCAGGCCACUCUGGGCACCAGCAUCGACCUGCAGAGGCUCUGUGACACCCUGCAGACAAAGCAGCCCGAGGAGCUGGAGCAGCUGUUGGAGACAGUAACUCGCUGCAUGGACACAGCAGCCUCCACAGAAGAUCUCAGCACUGCCAGACAGAGUCUUGUACAAAGUAUAGAGCACCUCAAAGAAAAACUUAUUCCUACAGCUGGAGAUGACUGCUUGGAAAGAGGGUUUGCGGAGACUUUCAUGCUGCCCUUUCCCAAAUGUCACACCAGCUACUGGGAAAACGACAACUUCGAUUUUCUCAAUGAUAUUCUCGCAAGAGAAUGUGACCUGGAUUUACAGGGACUCCAAACAGAUGAGGAUGAAACCCAUGUGGAGGAUGACGUUAUAGAGAGAAACAGAACAGCACAUUUGGACUUUGAAAACCUUCGCAUCUCCACAGAAUCCAUCUCCUCCAGCCAGGCUUCCCUCUCCAGCUGCUGUAUGAGAAGUGACACAGAGGACACAAAGGAAGGACAAAAGUGUCCGUCAAAGCUUAGAAAAAAGCCCAAGAAGAAGUCCAAAAGCCUCAUCGGCAUUGAGCACUUCUCCUUCUUUUUCAAGAAUCCACGCAAUCUUGGGACGCAGCUCAAACAAGCUCAGUCCCACCAAAAUCAUCUGCAUGAAUCCACUCUGUCCUAUCUUCUCACGAGGAAAGAUCCGCUCUCGCCCCAGAAACAUCUUUGCAUCCGCAGGAGACCCAUCCUGAGCAGCAGUGAAACGGAUGCAUCACAGGUUUCUACCCUGGUGCGAGUGCUGGUCUUUGGUCGGGACCGAGAGGCUGGACGACUGGCGAGGGCUUACAGCAACCUACAGCAAAAAGAGGCUAAAUGUCCCAGACUCACCAGGGUCUGCAAGUUGCAGUUUUAUUUUAUUCCCACCAAAAGGAUAUUCACAGGAAACCCAAGAGAAAAACACGCGUCCACUGAAAUAGGACAUUCAACUCAAGUUGCUGUGUCUAAUGAUAUUUCCCAAGAGGACAUCACGACUGAUGUGGCCCAGAUGUUGGGAAUGAUGGAUCCCUGGUAUGAUCGCAGCGUCCACAGUCUGCUCAGUCUGUCCUCUGAUGUCCUUUGUCAGCCCGCAUAUAAGGAAGGAAGUGUUUCAGAGAGCAGUGGCAGAGUGGAGCAUCUUCCCCUACUGGCCGACUUGGUUCUUUACUACUGCAGACAUGCAGAACAGCCGGUUCUGGUGCAGCUCUACCGGGCCGAGUUGACUCUGGCUGGUGGAGAGCAGAAAAGUGAAGUGUUUAUUCACUCCUUGGAGCUCGGACACACGGCGGCGGCAAGAGCCGUCAAGGCUAUGGGUGCUGCAGGCAAGAGGUUUGGAAUUGAUCAAGAGAGCGUGGCAGUUCCGUUAACACUUAGUGUUGCUUAUAAUGAGGUGGCCUGCAGUGGGAGGAGUAAGUGGGCGCAGGUGGAGAUGAUUUGCACAUCCAUCAAUAUUCACAAAGACUCCAGGAAAGCUGAGUAUUUAGGGUCAAGAAGUGAAAGCUUAUGGCUGUCGGUGACUGAAGUGGUGAAAAAGCAGUGCCCCAAGUCUAAAAAGAGUAACAGCCAGCUGAAGUAUUUUUCCAUGACGGAGGUGAAGGUCAACAGAGUUGAGGUGAGCAGCGGGAAGGAUUCACCAACCUUUGCUGUGUGUCUGGAUCAAGACGAGAGGAAGUUCCUGCAGAGUGUCACGAGGCUUGAAGUGUCUUUAUGCUGUAAGCCGGGCAGCUGUUCAGACUGGAAGUCUUACAAGCCGUCACCAGGCCAAGUCCAGCCUCUGCACCCGUCUUACUGCUCUCUGCUCUGCCUUCCUAUCAUCUCCUUUUCUGCCUCGUAUCCCUGACAACACGUUGACUUCACUGGAUCAACAGGGUUCUGAAACUUAAUGACUUGGAAAAACACAGAUAAAAAUAUGGCCAGUAUUGACGGUGCUGGCCCAAAGUUUGAACACACUUGCUCAUUCUAUGACAACUUUUUGACUCGCGGACCACAUUGGGUUAAAAAAUCUAUAUAUAGACGUUCAUCAAACAGAACGACAUACUUGCUCACGGUGCAAAAAAUCAAAAACACACAUAAAUCAACUACUACUACUAUGUGGGUGAUAAACAACAACUAAGAGGUCAACAUAACCCGUAACUGUUAUUUCCAAAUGCCCGCAAGGCAUGCUGGGUAGUCCAGUAGCAACAACAAUAUGAACUAUGAACAAUGAAACAUUGGACAUCAAGAGUAUGUUAACUCCUCCUUGUUUACCUCUCUGACGACCUCCUCAACAUAUUUUGUAAUCAAGCAAAAAUCCGACAAACACAGCAAAAUGUUGGGCGAAAGAGCACCACAGGCUACCCAGCAUGCCUUGCGGCAGGAAUAUAUGGGUGUUUUUUUUUUUUUGCAUGGGUAUUGUGCAUGGAUAUGUAUUUGUAUACCCACAUGGUGCAGUAGGUAGGUUACUUUGUGCGUCGUGUGUGUUGACGUGUUGUUUGGAUCGCUUUUUUUUUUUU